CAAAUUACAAUAGAAGUUACUAGCGGAAGGGCGACUCUUCUCUACGAUGGAGGGUUUGCAAGCUGAUCUCUCACCUAAUGGUUUAACCGUUUCCACCACCCCAGAGAAAGGUCGAUGUCUCUUAUCGAUCAAAGAUUUCUCUCCAGGAGAGGUGAUCAUAAGCCAAGAGCCUUAUGUCUCUGUGCCAAACAACUCUGCAGUUCACUCAAGAUGCGAGGGAUGUUUCAGAUCAAGUAAUCUUAAAAAGUGCUCGGCUUGUCAUGUUGUGUGGUACUGUGGGAGCACAUGCCAGGUGCAUAACAGGAUGCAUCAUUCUUCAUCAAGUUCAAUAGUCAUUGCUUCAAUUUCAAUAUUUUCAUGCAACUCAGAUGGUUUGACCCCAAGUUCGCUUUGGCUUCAUCUGUCUCUAGUUCCCAAUAAGUCAGACUGGAAGUUGCAUCGUCUUGAAUGCAAUGCAUUGUCAAGGCUUGAGAAGGAAAGGCAAAAAUCUCUUACACCUUCUAUACGCCUGAUGGUAAAGCUCUACAUGCGGAGAAAAUUGCAAAGUGAGAAGAUCAUGCCAACUACUGCUAGAGACAACUACAACUUGGUGGAGGCUUUGGUGUCCCACAUAACUGACAUUGAUGAGAAGCAAUUGGUGCUCUAUGCACAAAUGGCUAACCUUGUCAACCUGAUACUUCAGUGGCCUGAUAUUAACGUAAAAGAAAUUGCAGAAAACUUUUCUAAGCUUGCAUGCAAUGCUCAUACCAUUUGUGAUGGUGAACUAAGACCACUUGGUACUGGACUAUAUCCUGUCAUUUCAAUUAUUAACCACAGCUGCUUGCCCAACUCUGUUUUGGUAUUUGAGGAAAGGUUAGCAGUGGUCCGUGCUGUGCAACAUAUUCCCAAAGGUACUGAGGUAUUAAUAAGCUACAUAGAAACUGCUGGAAGCACUAUAACCCGACAAAAGGCUCUUAAAGAACAAUACCUUUUCACUUGCACGUGUCCUCGCUGUAUAAGAAUGGGCCAGUAUGAUGAUAUCCAAGAAAGUGCAAUUCUGGAAGGGUACAGAUGCAAGGAUGAUAGAUGUGAUGGUUUUUUGCUUCGUGAUUCUGAUGACAAAGGCUUUAUAUGUCAACAAUGUGGUCUUGUUAGGAACAAAGAGGAGAUAAAAAGGCUUGCAAGCGAACUAAAACCACUGUCAGAUAAGGCUACUAUGUCUUCAUCUUCCCAUUAUGUAGAAGCUACUUCAAUCUAUAAGACGAUUGAGAAGCUUCAAACAAAAUUGUUUCAUCCUUUUUCGAUCAAUUUGAUGCGAACCCGUGAAGCUAUUUUGAAGAUUUUGAUGGAGAUGAAAGAUUGGAGAGCAGCAUUAACAUAUUGCAAAUUAACCAUUCCAGUGUAUCAAAGAGUUUAUCCAGGAUUCCACCCUUUGCUUGGGCUGCAAUAUUAUACCUGCGGGAAACUUGAAUGGUUACUUGGGGAAACAGAGGAUGCUGUCAAAUCACUCACUAAGGCAGCAGAUAUACUGCAAAUUACUCAUGGUACAAAUACACCCUUUAUGAAGGAGCUCCUGUUCAAGUUGGAGGAAGCACGCGCUGAAGCAUCUCACAAACGAUCAUCUAAAGACGAGUAGAAAAAUCCACCUCCCAAUCAUAUCUAUACAUGAGUAACUGCUAUCAAUGGUCCUGUGCAUGAGUAACUGCUAUCAAUGGUCCUGUGCCUUUUUCCAUCAAUGACCCACACCAUGGAGAAGACAAGAAGCAGCCUGCAUACUGUUACUGUUUGCUCAUCACAACGAUAUCAAUAAUCUGUCAUGCACACCAUGCAGUUCAUAUCUGAAAUUUGUUUCAGAAUGUAAACGGCCUCUCAAUAUGUUACUCUCAAAGACCUACCUCACCUAAUGUCUAAAGAAUGCCUGUGUCCCUUUCUAACAUCAAUUGUUGGAUGAAAAAUGGUUGCAGAGAACUGGUAUUUUCAGAGUCCUAGCUCAUGUGGCCUCAACCUGUGUUCUGCGUACAGAAUAUUUUCCCUGUAGUGACAUCCUGUAAUCUUCUUGUACAAGUAUUACUACUUGUACUAAAUCAAGGAGGGAAAAAAAAGAAAAAAAAUCAUUGGCAAGUUGCAUUUGAUUUGCCUAUGGUCAGUGAUUACUUUGGAAA